AUGGCGAAAGCACAUGCUCUACUGAGCCGGGAGACGUACAACAAUCUAUUGAAGAGGAGCAACACACCGACUCGGAUGAGUGAUUCUACAUCUAUUAAGAGUGAAUGUGAAGACCGUACUAUUGAAACUGCUUCGUCGUCAAAGAAACAGACCAUGUCGAAUGAUGGCACAAAGCACCUGUCUUUUUCGGCACCUGCGUUCCGUGCUCUGAUGGAACACAGAGAGGAAAUUCUUGCAGCUAUCAAUCAGCUGGAGCGCGAGGUGCAGGAAGAGAGCGAAAUGCUCUCAUUAGCCGUUACCGAUGAGAGAUUGGAGCAGCAGCAGCAGCUACAACGUCAGCUCUACCAACACCCACCUAUGGAGAGAGUUCCACUCCAUUCCACACGGCGGUUUCAACCGUAUGUUGGAACUGGGCUAGGAGUCCCACAAUCACUCGAACAGGCACGUGGUGUGCACACAGUUGAAAGAGGUCGUGGAGCGAACCUGCUGGCGGCCAUACAACACCAGCAGCAGCAACAGUCGCAGCAACAUCCACAGCAAGAUCCAGAGCAACAUCCACCGCAACAAAACAGAUACAUAGACAUUUCGCCACCACCAAGAGUAACAUUUAUUGAAUGACUUUUAAACAAUUAGAAUGUAGUAGAAGUUCUUAGUAAUAAAUAAUUAAGUAUUAUUAUGUGUUAUUGUGAAUUUAGCUACAAAUAUUUAAAUCUGAAUAUUUAUUACAACUAUCUUCUUAGACCAAAUCAGAGAGUUUAACGUGGACAUCUGUCCUGGACACAGGUGACGAGCUCAGCCGGCUCCUCUGUCCAGGAGACUAUAUUGCAAA